AUGUCUGAAGAUUUUUACGAUACGAUAUUAAGAUGCGGUUUAUAUUUCGGUGCUGUUUUUCAAUUGAUUUGCAUUGCUGCCGUUGUUAUUAUUCCUGAUAAUUCGUCUUCCGGUAGUGGAAAUUCAAAGGACUUGGAUGGAAGCGAAAAUGAAAUAUCUGAUCAAAAUAGUCCAUUGGCUUCACCUAGAAAACCUCACAUACAUCACAGAUCAAGAAAACCUGAUAAAAAGAAAAGACGUUGA